GCGAGGGCGCUACACGCACUGUGCGCAUCGCAUCCCGUUCCGGUGGGCGCACACUCUCCAGAUGGGCGCUUGUUAUGCGCCGUGUCUCGCGCCGCUUUUCAGCAAAUCUGACGCUGUGUCGCCAGAGACAUGGAAGAUUAACGUGCGGGUUCCUUUACCUUCCCACCCAGGCCGGCAGCAAGGCUUUCCGACGACUUCAGCCGUGCACCACUCUAUUUCUGCGGGGAAUCGUUUGCAUUGACACGGAGAGGAGGAAGCUUCUAUACAGAAGCCUCCUAACAGGAUCUGUGGAACAGAGUGCCUGUAACCCAAUUACAGCCCUGUGAUCAGGACAGGAGGAUGAUGUUCCUGUUGCUGUUGGUGGUGACUCCUAUAGAACACUGCCUCUUCGUGAUGGCCGACACCUCUUGUCCGAAAGGUUACUUCCCGUGCGAGACUGGAGGUCAAUGCGUGCGGCAGCGAUUUAUGUGCGACAAACGAAACGACUGUGACGAUGGUUCUGACGAACGAAAUUGUGGAGACGAACAAAUGAAGAAAUUCUUCCACGACUAUUACAAGAAGCGCCCGGACGAAGACCGAGAACAGAACAUUGAGCAAUGUGACUGGGUGCACCGUGGGUGCCGUUGUGACGGAUAUUUCUUCUACUGUGACAACGCUGAUCUGUCUGCUGUACCAACUGCAAUUCCGUCCGACGUGAUUGAACUGGACCUGUCAGGAAACGAUUUGCGGAAUUUGAACAGCAAGGACUUCCCGCUUAUGGAUGAACUGGAAUCUCUACAGCUUUCCUCUUCCAACAUUCUGAACAUGAGCGAAGACGUUUUCUCAAACCUCCGGAACUUGCGCGAAGUCUACCUCUCCGGAAACGAGCUACGAUUCUUGAAGGCGAACGUUUUCAAGAGUAGCAAGUUACUCGAAAAGCUAGUUCUUUCUCACAACCCAAUCGCUGGCACAUCACCAGAAUCAUUUUCUGGACUCGACAACUUGGACGAGCUAGAUCUAAGGAGCUGUUCUCUGGUGUUCCUGCACGCGGAGGUAUUCAAGCCGCUGAAGAAGUUGACACGCUUGUGGAUUGAUGGGAAUAACAUCAACAGCCUACAACCGUAUGGAAUGCAGUACCUCAAGAACCUUCAUGUCUUAUCCCUGUCCUACAAUCGUCUGUACCACGUGGGAUCGAGCGCCUUUUGUGGUCUUCACUCAUUACAAAUGCUUGUUCUCGGCUACAACAGAAUUCGCGUAUUGGACUCUCCGUUUACCGCACUGAAGAAUUUGCGCACACUGGACUUGGAAGGAAAUCAGCUCACAGCCUUCAAUAACGAUACUUUUUGGCCUCUGAUACGUCUGACGUCACUCAACCUGAGAAAUAAUUCAUUUCGUGUGGUACCUUCCAGCCUGUUCACACCUUUGAAAAACAUCACACACGUCUACUUCAGCAGCUUCAUUUCAUGCUCAUCUGUUCCUCACGCUCGGGUCUGCGAACCUCGAGGCGACGGCAUAAGCAGCUUGGACAACCUUUUGGACAAUCUCAUUCUUCGCGUCUCCGUCUGGAUCGUCGCUUUCAUCGCCUGUUUCGGUAACCUUAUCGUCCUCAUAGGAAGAAUGUUGUUUCGCGAGCAAAACCGAGUGCACUCCUUCUACAUCAAAAACCUUGCCAUCGCCGACUUGCUCAUGGGCAUUUACUUGAUCGCAAUCGCCUUCAACGACGUUAGAUUCAGAGGAGAAUACAUCAGGCACGACUACGUCUGGAGGCAUUCCUGGCAGUGUCAGCUAUUUGGGCUGCUCUCGACAGUGAGCAGCGAAGCUUCAGUCUUCAUCUUGACUGUGAUAACGGUGGAUCGUUUUUUAUCCAUCAUCUACCCACUAUCGUUCAAGAGGAGAACGCUGUUCUUCGCGUCUGUGUGCAUGGGUGUGGUGUGGCUAGUGACAGUGCUCAUGGCGCUCGUGCCAAUACUGCGCCCCAACUACUACGGCGAGGACUUUUAUGGGAACAACGGAGUUUGCCUGCCACUGCAUAUCCACGACCCGUCGUCCCGAGGCUGGGAGUACUCCGUAUUCAUGUUCUGUACGGUGAACAGCAUAUCCUUCACCUUUAUUACCUACGCGUACUUCACCAUGUUCUUCGCCAUAACCGAUUCAAGGAUAGGUCUUCGCUCAACACAACAGCAGCAGGAUUGCAUAAUCGCAAAACGAUUCGCCUUCAUCGUGGGCACAAAUUUUUUCUGCUGGAUGCCCAUCGUCAUCAUGAAAAUUGCUGCCAUUGCUGGUAUGCCAAUCAGCGAGGCCCUGUAUGCGUGGGUUGCAGUGUUCCUGCUGCCGGUGAACUCCGCACUCAACCCAGUGUUGUACACGUUGACUACACGGUUGUUCAGGCAGCGUCUCAAUCGUUUCCUGUCGAACGUCGAGCGGAGAGAGUUGUUUUCUGCGGACCACCACUCCGCUCAAUCUUGGUCGUCUUUUCCCCUCUACAGGAACUCUAGGAAAACACUGGUGGGGCUGCCACAUCACCGAUCCAUGUCUUCGCUGCACGCUACAUUCUUUGCAGACACAAGAAAGUCUGGCCGCAACACGGGUCACGCGAAAAUUCCGUCCAUAUACGUCCAUUCUGACUUUGUGUGAAGUUUGUAAUUCGACGCCAUUAUCAGUUUUACUAUACUGCCCUAUUAUUUUUCUACUAUACGAGCCCUUUGUGCCGGCGACACUUGAGCACGACAGCCAGAUUAUGCCUGCUGUUUUAUAACGUUACCAUAGACACGGUUACUACGUGCUACCAAUUUUAGCACGUUUAACCCAUAUAUGGGAGUCCCAUUGAGAAUCUGGAAAAUUGUUUCCGCUGCCACAAGAGCCCUAACUCACACCAGUGACGUUAUGAGUGAUUUGUGCACCUGUCACACAGAACGUUGUUGACAAAUUGUGCAUGUUCCGUCUAGUCCACAUCCCUCCUAGCUCGUCAGAGGAAUACGCAAUUGAAAACUCAACACCGGCAUGGUGCUUUGGCUCAAGUGGUUUUCCUGCUCACUUGUCGCAAGCUCUUGACAAUGUUCAUCCGUAUAUAGGAAACCCAUAGCGUCCAUUUGGAUGCUAAAAAGUAAUACAGAGUGCCUGUGAUAAUGGAAGCUUGAGAGCAAAGAGAAAUAAAGAACGUAGUUCUAUUUCUUCAUUUA